AUGGGUGAUUCGAACGGUGUUGCCGCUCAGGCCGCGGAGAGAUUCGCUAUCGGUAUCUCGUUUGGUAACUCCUCGAGUUCCAUUGCUCGCCUCACACCUGAGGGCAAGGCUGAAGUUAUUGCCAACGAAGAAGGAGACCGCCAGAUCCCCAGUGUUCUGUCCUACAUUGAUGGUGAAGAAUACCAUGGCACUCAGGCCAAGGCCCAGCUUGUUCGCAACUCCCAGAACACUGUUGCAUACUUCAGAGAUUUCCUUGGCAAGAACUUCAAGUCGAUAGAUCCUACCGCCUGCCACCAGUCGGCGCAUCCCCAGCAGAGCGACUCCACUGUUGCUUUCAGCAUCCGGGACACCACCAGCGAAACUCCCAACACAGUGACCGUCUCCGACAUCACAACCCGUCACCUCCUCCGUUUGAAGAAGUCUGCCUCCGAUUAUCUUGGUAAGGAGGUUACUGCUGCCGUUGUCACCGUUCCUACCGAUUUCACCGAUGCUCAGCGUGAAGCCCUGACGGCUGCUGCCACCGCUGCUGGUCUUGAGAUUCUGCAGCUCAUCCAUGAGCCCGUCGCCGCCGUCCUCGCUUAUGAUGCCAGACCUGAGGCCGUUGUGGCUGAGAAGCUUGUCGUCGUUGCUGACCUUGGUGGCACUCGCUCCGAUGCUGCCGUCAUCGCUUGCCGCGGUGGCAUGUACACUAUCCUUGCCACUGCCCACGAUUACGAACUCGGUGGAGCCUCCUUGGAUCAGAUCAUCAUCGAUCACUUCGCUAAGGAAUUUAUCAAGAAGCACAAGACCGAUCCCCGGGAGAACGCCCGUGGACUCGCCAAGUUGAAGUUGGAGGGUGAGGCCACAAGAAAGGCAUUGAGUCUGGGUACCAAUGCCAGCUUGAGCAUCGAAAGUCUUGCGGAUGGUAUCGAUUUCAGCUCUACCGUUAACCGUACCCGUUACGAGCUCCUUUCCGGCAAGGUCUUCGCUCAGUUCACUCGCCUGAUCGAGCAGGUUGUCCAGAAGGCCGAGCUGGAUGUUCUUGAUAUUGAUGAGGUCAUCUUCUCCGGUGGUACUUCUCACACCCCCAAGAUUGCCCAGCUGGCUCGCAACAUCUUCCCCGAGAAGACUCAGAUCCUUGCUCCCUCCACAUCCACUACCGCCAUCAACCCCUCUGAGCUGUCUGCCCGUGGUGCCGCCAUUCAGGCUUCUUUGAUCCAGGAGUUCGAGAAGGAGGACAUUGAGCAGUCCAUUCACCCUAUGGUCACCGCCACCCCUCACCUGCACAACGCCAUUGGCGUUGAGUUCGCUUCCGGCGAGUCUGUCGAGUUCAAGCCCCUCCUGAACGCCGAGACUGCCCUGCCCGCGCGCCGCACCGCUCAGUUCUCUGCCCCUAAGGAUGGCGGCGAUGUUAUUGUCCGCGUUUGCGAGGGUGUCCGUUCGAUCAAGGUCACCAAGCCCGAGCCCAAGGAGAAGCCUGCCAAGACCGAGGAUGAGGAUGAUUCCAAUUUCGACUCUGAUGAGGACGAGGAGGAGAUCCGUGAGAUCGUUUGGAAGACCGAGAAGCCCAUUGCCGAGCUUGCUGUCAAGGGCGUCAAGGCCGGCAGCAAAGUUGAGCUGAUGAUCCACGUCAAUGCCGAUCUCGGCUUGCAGGUCACAGCCCGCGAGGUUGGUAGACAGAGCGCUGUCCGCGGUGCUGUAGAGUCGCCCAAGGCUUAA